UAUGAAGUUGUACCGAAAACUCAUCGCAAUUUGUGUCAUCAUUUUGAUGCUUUCCGCAUAUUUUGACAUCUCCGAAGGCUGGAGACGACGUAGAUGUGGUCCUUCAAACUGUCAAGUUAGUGGAUGGAGUGCCUGGGGUGCAUGUUCGGUUCUUUGUGGCACGUCCGGUACACAGACAAGAACACGUUACGUAACUGUUGGUCAGAGUUGUGGCGGAUCGUGUCCCUACCAUAUGAGCGAAUCCCAAGAAUGUAACUACGCAAGCUGCAAUGAUCAUGGGUUUCCACUGACGUCAUCGUGUAGCUGUGAAGAUGAAUGGUGGGAUACGUGUUGUGAUAAACCUUGCACAGCUAUUGCUAACUGCCAGCAGUUACAUUGCACGUCAGCGACGGACCAUGCCUGCCAACGAUGUGACUACGACAGGGGUGGCGACAUUGUUGCAUACCACUUGAUGGAUUCUGAUGGAUAUCCUAAUCGAACAUGUGAACUGAUUACAUCUCCCAUUAUGGAACAUUGCUUGGCUACACUGAUCCAGACGACAGGUGACUACAGAGCAGACGCCGACUGUGACGAUCACGUGACAGCAACAACAACUGUUUACACUAAUAUCCAACCAGAUCGUAUACAGGUUGAGUUGCAUAACAGUUACACAGGGCCUGACGCUGCUGAUUGGCCACAACAGUAUUAUGUCAAUGAUUUUAAAGUGGGCGUCAUUUCAGCAUCAUUUGAUUGGUGGGUGACCAGAGGUGGGAGUAUUGUAAAAACUGGAACAGACACGUGUUCUAAUGGAUACAGUCAAGACAAUCCUCACCAAGGCAUGUACGAAUGUGACGUCAUAGAUAAUAUUGGUUUUACUUUUCAACAUGAAGAUAGGUUUCACUUGAUGACAAAGGCUCGCAAUGGUGGAUAUAUCACGAUAAGUAAUUAUGACGUGAUUUUCAACGAUACGAUUGAACCUGAGAAAUAUUAUUAUACAGGAAUGGAGGUAGCACACACCGUGGACUUUAACAUGGAUUAUAAGUCACCAGAACAUUGUACAGUUACCGGAAGUUGCUUUGAAAAUAUGCUUGAUAGGGGCCCGGCGAUUAUUAAAAUUAGUAGUAUAACUGUGAAGUAUAAUGGUUGGCAUGACGACCAAUCUGGUAUACUACAGUAUGGAUAUGAAGUCUAUAGGAUGCAGGCAUAUGGUGACGUAUUGGGAUACAGAUCAACACCACCUGUAAUAAGUGGACAAGUAAAUCCACCAACUACACAAUUCACUAUCACAUUAAGUGACCCAGGUAUAGUAGAUUUACCAACUACACAAUUCGCAAUCACUUUAAUUGACCCAGGUAUAGUAGAUUUACCGACUACACAGUUUACUGUCCCUUUACGUGACCCAGGUAUAGUAGAUCUACCAGCUACACUAUUCACUAUCACAUUAGGUGACCCAGGUAUAGUAGAUCUACCAACUACAAAGUUCACUCUCGCUUUACGUGACCCAG